AUGGCCUGCUCAGUAGACGCCCCCUCCCUCAAGGACUUGCCCAAAGUGGCCAAUGACCUCAAGAGUCAGCUCGAAGCAUUCAACCCAAGCUGUUUACGCGAUGUCGACACCAAUGAAAAGAUCGUCCUGCCUUCCGCGGAAGACGUUGCGAAAGAGAAGCAACACACAGCACUUCUACACGACGUUGAACAAUUUCAAACAUCCUCUUUAAGAAAAACGGACACGGUAGAAAAAAUAGUCUUACCAAACGCCAUAGAUGUUGCCACCGAAAAAAAUCAAAAAUCCCUGUUUGAUGGCAUUGAAAAAUUCGACGCCACUAGGCUGAAGCACACAGAAACACAGGAAAAGAAUCCGCUUCCGGACAAAGACGUUGUCGCAGCGGAAAAGGCGCAUCAGAACCUUCUAGAUGGAGUGGAGCACUUUGACAAGAGCCAAAUGAAACAUACGACGACGGAAGAGAAGAAUUCUUUGCCGCCAAUUGAAGCCAUUGAAGCGGAAAAGGAAAAGAACAAGUUCCUGAACGGGAUCGAAAACUUCGACCCCACCAAGCUGAAGCACACCGAGACUUGCGAGAAGAACCCUCUGCCUACGAAGGACAUCAUCGAGCAGGAGAAGACCGCU